AUGGGUAGAAAAAACUUCUUUGCUCAACAAGAUGAGAUCGUCAAAGAGAAGCGCUACAAACAACUGCAAGAGAGCAGCUAUGUUUUUGGCGCUCAUACAGAUGAAGACUCCAUCCGAGAGAAAGAUAAAAGAAUACCUAAGACCAAGAGGAUGUACUACCAUGCUGUUAAUCUUUGGAUGAAGUUCGUUACGCUGCAUCGAAUCGAGGGCUACAAAUUGGGGCCUGGCUGUGCGGUUCCAGACCACACACUCAUCAAAGAAUUUCUCCGGUGGUACAGUCAUUCAGCGCGAGGAAAAAAAUGGGUAAAGAGAACAUUAACAGAAAACGAAGGAACGAUUGAGAAUGUCGAGGAUCCAGCUCACAGCUUUACCAAAAAGGAUUUUCUCCGAGUUUUAUCUUCUAUGUGGCGAGCGGAUCAUCGCCGGUUCAUGCCCGGAUUGCUCAAGGCUAUCAUAACGCUAGCUCUUCAACUAUAUCUUUUCACCGGAGCAAGGAUUGGAGGUUUCAUCCCACCUCAUGAGGAUAGAAAUGAAAAAGGCCUAAGAUACGAGGACAUCGAUCUAUUUUUGUUUCCAUCCUCUACGGCACCUUGGACGGUAGAGUGCAAAUUCAACCAAAAGUGGCUCAAAGGGAAUCGAAACCCAGACUACACAGUGUUCGGAAUAGGCAUUCGUGACACCAAGAAACCACAAUUCGCAUCUGGUUAUAUUCUCCUAUCUAUUGCCCUCCAGCACGGUGCUCUGUUUGGCAUCGAAACGGUGGAAGACUUUGCCAAGUUUGACCUUUCAAGUGGAAAGCCCAUGAAACUACGUUGGAAGGAUGAAUAUAUGAAAAAGCCUGUUCUCAGAAAUGUCACGGCUGAGGGUCCACAAGACGUUCCACUCCAUAAGGAGCGGUUUUGUGAGUUGCUGCGUGGAAUAGUCACGACCGCUGGAUACAGCAAGAGUGUGACUGUUCAUAUGAUUCGGAAGUAUCUUGGAAGUGUUGUUGAAGGGAGCCAUGGCUCUGCCUUGGUAUCUCAGAUUUAUGGACACAAAGAUGCGGGGACAUACCCCAAAGAGUACUUGUUACACUGCUCAUCGAUUGAUACCGUCUCGGCCGUUUUGGGAGAAAAAGAACAGUCACAUCAUAUUGAGUACUUCCAAGGUGUCGAGAAGUUCUAUGAGCGUGGACUUCCAGGAGAAUUGCCAGCUGAAAUCGAGGCGAGUAUCCUGCAGAUGCCAGAACUCGUCGAUAUCAGACGUCAGAUCGAGAAACUUAAGGAAUCAAGCGACGACAAGGAGUUUUUAGCUGCCGAGAAGCUGAACUACAGAAAGGCCUUGAUUCGACUUCGUCUUGCAGAACUAAAGCAAUACCAGAACCGCUGGGUACGAGAAAGACGAGACCAAAGGAUCCUCAACAGGGGUAAAGAAGAGCCAGUGAUUAGUGACAAUGACGUUUCCAUGCGGGCUCAAUCCUUACUUAUGCCCGAAACUGCCCGGAUUUCAACCUUGAUGUCUUCUGACAGGGAGCUUUCGUUCAAUGAGAUGCUUCUUUUCGUGGAUGAUCUAAAAGCUCAUUGUGAACGCGAUUUCGGGGUGGCUUACCUUCCACGGGAGAGCCCCAUUCAAGGUCGCUGCCCCGCUGGAGAUUGCCACGAAGAUGUCAAACGGCUGAAAAAAACCGACAGAAGUGCUCAUAUUCACAACUGCGUUCGACGUGAGAUUGCUUUGGGUCUUCAGAUCUCAGAAUCAAAGUUGAAAUUUUGUUACGAGUGCAUGGAAUGGUUGCAAUCAAGUCAAUGGCGAGAUCACUGUUUUUCUCAUCUCCAGUCAUGGAAAACACAGCACUGUGAAGUGAUUGUAUACCGCCACACAGUCAUCCGGCCGGGCUAUUGCCCCUUCUGCUUGUGGGACAUGAAUCUGGAUCUCGAACCGGAAGACCGACUGAAUCAAUGGUCGAAAAGCGGAAAUCUGAAGCAACACAUUGAAGAGAAGCAUAUGCUUAGAGACCAGGGGUCCGCAGCGAAGCCAAUCUGUGGGUGUGGCCAAGCUUUCGCGGAUGACCGUGGCCUUCGACAUCAUUUGCAUGACACCCACAAGCUAAACAAAGCCAUAUGGUUAAAUCCAAAGCUUCCGAGAAAGAGAAAGCGUGCCUGCAAGGCAGAAGCGCAAGUAUCUUCCAUGGAUCCGGAGGAGCGGCCUAAGAGACUCCGCUUUUACCACUAUCCGCUUCCGCGCCACGAACGGUGGUCAGACCACAUAUUUAUGCCUGUUCCUGCAUUGCUUUCGUACGCUGAGGAACAUCCCGAGCAAUACUACGGUUCGGGACUCAGUGAUACUUCAAGUGAAUGCAGCAGAAGUAGCUCAGCUGCAUCCUACUUUUCAGCAGCAGAUUCUCCAUUCAGCUCCCCGCCAACCACCCCCGGUCUCGAUGUCAUUGAUCCUCGGAUCCUCAAGCCUAUUGGUCUCGACAUGGAGGACGGAAGCCAGCCUUACGAACAAGCACCUAUUCAACUGAACUCAUCCGAUCUCUCUAUGGAUGAGCUGGAGACAAAGAACGAACUCUUCACUUGUUCCAAUUCUGCUAAACGAUCUAACGAAGAUUGUGCCGGCGACGAGGCAGAUGAGAGGCCAAGCAAGGCUUUGCGAACAGAUUCUCUCAUCCCCCCAGCAAUCAAAGGCCAAAGAGGAGGCGCGAAGAGCACCAUCAUACGCAGGCAGCACCCGAAAAUAAACUCCCUUAUGAUGAUGAAGCCGGUGUCCCGCUCACCAGAGCCAAGACAAGAUCAAAGCUACUUCUGA